AAUCGAUUUUGAUUUCGAAACAACUUUAGCAAUUUUUGCUUUUGGUAGUAGUAGAACUAAGUUUAUACCUUUCCUAUAAGAAAAUACAAACAUUACCAAAACAGUGCGUUUAAUGAACUUAAUCGUUUGAUAAGUGUAUUUGUGCAAAAAAUUGUAGAGAAUUUGAAUAAGUAUUAUUAGUAAUACAUAAAUAUGAGUUCUCAAAUGUCGGCCACAAAUUUUAAUUUACUUGGAGCAAAUUCGUUAAAAGAUGAAAUCACGAUUAAAAAUGUAUGGAACUAUAAUCUGCACGAAGAAUUUUAUGUUAUUAGACGGGUUGUCCAAAAAUAUCAUUGGGUGGCUAUGGAUACUGAAUUUCCUGGGGUAGUAGCUAGGCCGAUCGGAGAAUUCAGAUCUACUGCUGAUUAUCAGUAUCAGUUACUGAGGUGCAAUGUAGAUCUUUUGAGAAUAAUCCAACUGGGCCUUACAUUCAUGGAUGAGAAUGGUAGGACCCCUCCAGGCUGCACCACUUGGCAGUUCAAUUUUAAAUUUAAUUUGCAAGAAGAUAUGUAUGCUCAAGAUUCAAUUGAUCUAUUGCAAAACUCUGGAUUGCAAUUCCGAGAGCAUGAGGAACAUGGGAUAGAACCGUUAGAGUUUGCAGAGUUGCUGAUGACUUCAGGAAUUGUACUGAUGGAUAAUAUAAGCUGGCUUAGCUUCCAUUCUGGAUAUGAUUUUGGCUAUUUGCUGAAGCUACUCACUGAUCAGAAUCUGCCUCAAGAGGAAAGUAGUUUCUUUGAAAUUUUGCGUAUGUACUUCCCAACAAUCUAUGAUGUCAAAUACCUGAUGAAGCUGUGCAAGAACCUGAAGGGUGGACUGCAGGAGGUGGCUGACCAACUGGAGUUGCGCCGCGUUGGCCCCCAGCACCAGGCCGGCUCUGACUCCCUGCUCACCGGCAUGGCCUUCUUCAAAAUCAAGGAGAUAUUCUUCGAUGGUAACAUCGAGAGCACCAGCGGGCACCUGUACGGUCUGGGCGCACCCUUCGCCACCAACGCCAAUAACUUCCAGGACAACGGCGACAACGGCAGCCCCUCCUGAGACGACGAGGCUGCCGCGCGCCCCGCACCCCCUGCGCGCCCCGCACCCCCUGCGCGCUCCGCACCACCUGCGCGCUC